AUGGCAGUUGUCGCCGGUGCUAACAUAAUUUUGACUCCCGAGCCAUACAUCGGCGAAAGCAAGCUGAAAAUGCUUUCCCACGACAGUCGAUCUCGCAUGUGGGACGAAGAUGCCAAGGGAUACGCCCGUGGUGACGGCGUUGCGGCGCUCAUUCUGAAGCCCCUGUCUGCCGCCCUCGCUGAUGGCGACCAUAUUGAGAGCGUGAUCAGGGAAUGUCUAGUCAAUCAAGACGGAAGGACCGCUGAAGGAAUCACCGUUCCAAGCUCGGAAGCACAGGCCGAGUUGAUUCAGCGAACCUACUCGAAAGCAGGCCUGGAUGCCCUUAACCCCAAUGAUCGCUGCCAAUACUUUGAGGCACAUGGUACAGGCACCGGUGCUGGAGACCCUAGAGAAGCCAGAGCUAUUGCCACUGCGUUCUUCGGUAAGAGUCACCGCAGCGACAACACCGCAGACAAGUUGUACGUCGGCUCCAUCAAGACUGUUAUCGGGCACACCGAAGGCACAGCAGGCAUAGCCGGCAUCAUGAAAGCUUCGCUUGCUGUGCAACACGGUGAAAUUCCGCCAAAUCUUCUUUUCAACAAAGUCAGCCCCGCAGUCGCCCCGUUCUACAAUAAUCUCGAGAUCCCCGUCACGCCUCAAACAUGGCCAUCUCUUCCACCAGGUGUCCCUCGUCGAGCAAGCAUCAACAGCUUUGGCUUUGGAGGCACUAACGCCCAUGUCAUCCUUGAGAGUUUCGACCAGAGCUUGCAACACCCAUUUGAGUUGAAGGAGAACGAAAACUCUCGGCAUCAUCUGCUCUCGCCUUUCGUAUUUUCCGCCUCGUCGGAGAAGUCAUUGAAGAAUCUGAUUCAGCAUUACGUUUCAUAUCUCGAAGAGAAUCCGACGACAAACCUUUCAGACCUAUCGUAUACCCUGUCCCGUCGAUCUGCCUUGUCUUGCAGAAUCUCGUUUCCUGCACAAUCAGUCGAGGACUUGCUGGACAGAUUGAAUGAGUGGCUCAAAAAGACGAGGUCAAGUCCUGAUGUAUCUCACAGUACUCGCUUCUCGGGCAGCCCAGGCCAAGCUCGUGUAUUGGGAGUUUUCACAGGCCAAGGCGCGCAAUGGGCUACCAUGGGAAAACAGUUGAUCACAAAUUUCCCGCAGGUCCGGUCUAUCCUCACUGAUAUGGACCGCUCUUUGGGGGCCUUACCGCAUCAUCAUCGCCCGCAAUGGUCGAUUGUGGACGAGCUUCUGGCUGAUGCCACACGCUCAAGAGUUCAUCUGGCCGCCUUCUCUCAGCCCCUAUGCACUGCUAUGCAAGUCGUAUUGGUCGACCUUUUACGAGCGUCGGGCGUUGACUUCAGUGCUGUCGUCGGCCACUCUUCUGGAGAAAUAGCCGCGGCUUAUGCUGCCGGCUUCAUCACCGCCAGCAGUGCCAUCAGAAUCGCCUACUACCGCGGAAGGGCCACUGCACUCGCCGGCCAGAAUAAGUCUCAAAAGGGUGCGAUGAUGGCCAUUGGCACGUCUCUGGAGGACGCGGAAGAGCUCUGCGUCGUUGACACUCUAGAAGGACGCAUUUCGAUUGCAGCAGUCAACUCCCCUUCAAGCAUUACACUCUCCGGAGAUGCCGAUGCAAUCGAGGAGGCCCGUCUCAUCCUUGAAGACGAGGGCAAGUUUGCAAGAAUCCUCAAGGUCGACAAAGCGUAUCAUUCAGAGCACAUGCUUCCUUGUGUGGACUCCUACCUUCGCGCGAUGACGGAAUGCGACGUGAGCCCUCGGCGGAACACGAAUCAGACUUGCGCUUGGUUCUCCAGUGUUCAUGCUGGUACCCGAAUGCAACCAUCAGAUCCGGACCUGACUGGGAAAUACUGGUGCGACAACAUGGCCAAGCCAGUCCUUUUUUCGAACGCCGUAACGAGUGCGUGGGACCAACACGGCCCCUUCGACGCAGUUGUCGAAGUCGGUGCUCACCCGGCCCUCAAGGGCCCCUUCUUGCAAACCCUUCAAGAACUGAACCCGAAGGCAUCCAGCCUGCUCUACACAGGCUUGCUGUCAAGGAACCAAGAUGAUGUUACAUCAUUCACUCAAGGCGUCGGGACCCUAUGGCAAAACCUUGGUCACGGAUCUUUGGACUUGGCUGCUCUCGAUCGACGGAUUGCGCCGAACAAAGCGUCCCCCCGACUUUUGAAGACCCUUCCUUCCUAUACGUGGGAUCACGACCGCGUCUACUGGCAUGAUUCUCGACUGAGCAAAGCGUAUCGGACGCGAAAGUCUCGUCCUCAUGCUCUACUUGGAACGCUUACAUCUGAUGGACUGGAGACGGAGAUGCGAUGGCGCAACCUUUUGAGAGUCUCCGAGCUACCGUGGGUCAAAGGCCACACUCUUCAGGGCCAAGUUGUCUUCCCAGCUGCUGGUUACAUUGUCACCGCCAUGGAGGCUGUGAUGGCGGCAGCAGGCGAUCGCAGCCCUCGUCUUGUUGCCGUCAACAACGUUGUUAUCAGCAGAGCCCUGACUCUUGAGGACGACGUUGACGUAGAGACUUUGGUGUCCCUUUCGAAAAUUCGCAACGAGGCUCCUGAUGUCAUGAGCGCCGAGUUUCAGUAUCACGCAUUAAUUCGCCGAGAUGCUCCCAAUCUGACAUUGCUUGCGACAGCUGCAGUCGAGCUAACGCUGGAACCUGCCAAGGACUCUGACUCAGGUCCCAUGGAGCGUCUUCCCUUGCGAUCUGGUGGAGAUCAACCGAACCUACUCGAAGUCGUUACUGAUGACUUUUACGACUUCCUGGAGGAAGUUGGUUAUGGCUAUACUGGUCCGUUCCGCGCUCUCAAGUCGAUGCAGCGCAAGCUUGAUUACGGAACAGGAAGACUCCAAAUGCCCAAUGAGGACUGGAACGGGUCACCAGUACUGAUACAUCCGGCCUUCCUUGAUGCAUCAUUCCAGGCGAUCUUCCUGGCCAUGGGUUGGCCUCGAGAUGCCGGACUUGUUGAGGUCUUCGUUCCAACCGAGUUCCAGAGCAUCAAAGUGGAUGUGGCCAACUGGAAGGCCGUGAUGUCUCGACCAAAUUUAGGAGACGAGAUGGUCUUCGAUUCAAGGUUGCGACAACUACCAGAGUCAAUCACAGGAGACGUGGAGGUCUUUUCGCCCCCGCGUAAUCCCGACAGUGAUGAUGAUGUCGCUACGUUGAUUCAAGUGGAAAACAUCAAAGUCGUUCCAUUUUCGCCCGACAGCGCCGCCUCCAACCGACAACUCUACUCCAAGACCGUUUACUACCCAAUCACGGUUGAUGGUAUCGAGGCAUCCGGAGGUCGGCUCCCCACUGACCAGGAGCUCAACAUGGCUUGGGACCUGGAGCGUGUCGGCAUCUACUUUCUGCGUGCCAUCGAGGAAGAGUUUUCAGAUCCCGAGUCCAGGAGCAACAUCGCCGUGCAUCACCAGUAUUUCUUCGACUUUAGCCAUGACAUUCUUUCCCGCGUUUCUCAGGGUAGCAUACCAUAUGCCAAGAAGGAGUGGUUGAAUGAUACCUGGAACGAUGUUGCUCCCAUCUUUCACAGAUAUCCCGACAGUCUGGACCUCCAACUAAUGCAAAAGGUCGGAACCAACAUGGCUGCGUCGAUUCGAGGCGAAGCCAAUAUGGUGGAGAUUCUUUUCAAGGACGACUUCAUGGACAGAUUCUACGCUGGAGCAUUGGGUCUCGACCUCACCAUGGAUUGGCUUGGGCGCAUAGCCUUACAACUCUCCCGGCGAUAUCCCCACAUGAAGAUGCUUGAGCUCGGCGCUGGUACUGGUGGCGCUACCAAGAGUAUCUUCAAACACAUUGGCAGCCAGUUCUCUUCAUACACCUUCACCGAUAUCUCAGCUGGUUUCUUCUCAACAGCCAUGAACGUCUUCAAGUCUCCCAAGAUGAUCUUCAAGAUCCUGGAUGCCGAGCGGGAUGUUGUUGAGCAGGGGUUCCAGGAGGGUUCCUACGAUCUGGUCAUUGCCUCAAACGUCUUGCACGCCACCGCUAAGCUCGACGACACGCUUCGCAAUGCGAGACGACUUCUCAAGCCGGGAGGCUAUCUCCUAAUUGCCGAAGUGACUUGCGCUGAUGUGGUCCGAGUACGAUUCCCAUUUUCGGCUCUACCAGGCUGGUUCAGGGGACAUGACGAUGGUCGACCGCUGACGGCAACAAUCGACACUACGGAGUGGCAUCAACGACUGUCUCGCACGGGGUUUUCCGGCGUCGACGCAGUUACCCCGGAGUUCGAACCACUGGCCUGGCCGUCACUCAUCAUUCUGUCUCAGGCCGUGGAUGACAGGAUCAAUCUUCUUCGAGAGCCUCUUUACCACCCGCCAUUGGAGGUACUAACCUCCGAUGCGAGCAGUGACGAGGAGUCCCAAAAGCUUGUUCUUGUCGGAGGCCAAACAAUGCAGUCUUGUAGCCUGAUAGGACAACUAAGCCGCAUCCUGGCUCCGUGGUUUGCUGGCACCAGCAUUAUUCGCGUCCGCUCACUCCGGGACCUCAGCAAUCUCGAGUCUCUCGGGCAAAAUUGUUGUGUCAUUAAUCUGGCCGACCUAGACACUCCAGUCAUGAGUGAUCUCUCGGAUGAGUCCUUCGCAGGACUCAAGAAGCUGGUGGAACGACCCCAGUGCCUUCUGUGGAUCACAAAGAUCGAGCAAGAUGACGAUUCAUCACAAGCGCUCUUGUGGGCUCGUGAGCACGAGCUUGUGCUGGAGAACGACAUGCUCAAGGUGCCUCGCAUCGCCUACGACGCCGCUAUGAAUCUGAGAUACACUGCUUCCCGGAAACUGGUCACGGAGUCUACGAACUCCCAAAUUACUCCGGUACAUCUGCGCUCUUCCGGCACUUUGUGGAAGUUCCACAAGCUUGCCACGGUGGGCCCCUCGGUUGAAGCUGGCGACUGGCUGAAAGUGACUGCAUCAUCAGCAACACCCUCCUAUGAUGGGCUCUACGCUGUCCUCGCUAGUGCUACCGGUGACAAUACUCCGCAUGUGGCAUUAUCAAACGUGAAUGGCUCUCUGCUUUCGCCUCAAGAUCUCGCAGCUGAUCUUUCUGUUGACGCUGAUGUGGAGAACCCGAACCAGUUUCUCUCAUCACUCGUUUGCGAACUUCAAGCAGCCAGCAUCUUAGAUGCUGUUCCACACAAGUCCUCGGUCAUGCUAUAUGAGGCAGAUGAGGCGCUUGCUGCUUCCGUUCUCUUGAAGGCUUCAGAGAAGGAACUGAGAGUCACUUUUGCCUCGACCUCAGUCAGUCCAGGCAAUCUGAAAAGGAUAGAAAACGCCUCUUGGGUCAACAUCGAGCCACACUCUUCUCUCCGAAUGAUUCGUUCUCAGCUGCCACCAACGGUGGAUAUGAUCGUGAACUGCGUUGAAACUCGCAACACUAAGCUGCCUGCGACCCUUCUCAGCGCCCUUCCCCAGCGAUGCUCGAAGCUGGCCCUGCUCGAUCUUGUUCAUCAGAGACCUACACAUUCCUUCAACCCCCUCGACAUCCUUACGACUGCCCUCAAACGCGUGUCUGGCAGUGCCAUGAAGAGAGCUUCUACCAAAGCAAAGUCUCUACAGAACCUUGACCUUUCCGAAGAUCUGAACAUCGGGCUCUCAGUUGUCAUUGAUUGGAGCUCGGACAGCGGUUCAGUUGUACCAGCGGUCGUACCGCCUGUGAGCAACUACCUCUCUUUCAAGCCCGACCGCACUUAUGUGCUCUUUGGACUGACAAGCGAUCUCGGUCAAUCACUCUGCGAUUGGAUGAUUAAUCAUGGGGCACGUCAUCUUGUAAUGACUAGCCGUAGCCCUAAUGUUGGCUCAAACUGGUUACGUGCUAAAGAGCAGGCUGGAGUCGAGAUCAGAAUCUUUGCCAAUGAUAUCACCGAUGAAGCCGCUCUGCGUGGAGUAGUCGAAGACAUCCGGACUAGUAUGCCCCCAAUUGCUGGCAUCGCCAACGGAGCUAUGGUACUUCGCGACAAGCUGUUCAUGGACAUGCCGCUCGAUAUGAUGACGCAGACCCUACACACCAAGGUCAAAGGUAGCAUCUACUUGGACUCAAUCUUUGGCGAAAAUUCCGAGUUCAACUUGGACUUUUUUGUCUUCUUUUCCUCAAUAGCUGCCGUCACUGGAAAUCGAGCGCAGUCAAACUACAGUGCCGCCAACAUGUUCAUGACCGCCUUGGCCAACAACAGGCGGGCGCGGGGUCUCCCAGCGUCUGUCAUGCACAUCGGCGCAAUCAUGGGCGUAGGAUACAUGGCUCACAACCUCACACGCGCUAUUCUCGACAAUCUCUGGAGCGCCGGUGCCACUUGGAUCUCAGAGAAGGACUUCCACAAUUGUUUUGCCGAGGCUGUGCUGGCAAGCAAACCAGACAACGGUGUGAAUGGCGACUCUGAGUUCAUCGUUGGUUUGCGUCAGCUUGUACACGGAAAGGACAGUCCAGAUAAGGUCCUGGUGAUGGAAGAUCCUCGUUUCAGCCACCUGGUCACCAAGGAGAUCUCUUCAGAAGACGACUCAUCUCAGGAUGCGGGGGCGAGGAAGUCUACCUCAGUCAAAUACCUGCUCAAGAGCGCCAACACAGCUAAGUCCGUGGAAAGAAUCGUGCGUGAGGGCUUUGUCGCAAAGCUAGUUGCCACUCUUCAGUUGGAUAACCAAAUUCCCGAGGCCGAGAUUCUCGGCUCGAGAGCUGAUGAGCUUGGUGUUGACUCUCUGGUCUCAGUCGACUUCCGCACGUGGUUCUCUGGCGAGAUGUCAGUGGAGAUGCCCGUUCUCAAGCUUUUGGGUGGCUCUACGGUUCAAGAGUUGAUUACAUUUUCGCUGGAGAAACUCCCUGCUGCUUUGACACCGAGUCUCGGAGAUGAUAAUGGAGAUGAGCCCGAAGAAGAGGAAACACCCCAGCCGACACGCGAUGUUUCUGGCCCUUCCAAGCCUAUGCAGGUCACGGAGACUCGUGGCGCCGCGGAACGACCCACCAAGCAGCAAGCUGCGCCAGUCCCACUUCUCGAGAUGCCCAAGGUCCCAGACGACAUUGAGACAAGCAAACCAUUAAUGCCAACCGGUAGCUCCUCAAGAUCUUCGCCGUCGUUAUUAGAUGACGCGUUCAGCGACAGUGAAGAAGACGGCGUGGUAUCUCUCUCAAGCUCGACAGGGUCAGCAUCUCCUGAGCUGGUCACCCCUAGCAAAUUGCAAUUCAGUCAGGUGGAUCGUGAGAUUCCCAUGUCCGCCGGGCAAUCUCGUUUCUGGUUCCUCAAGCAUUUCGUCACGGACAAGUCAGCUUUCAACAUCACUUUCUGGGCUCAGCUGAGAGGAAACAUCAGAGUCGACGCACUUUCCAAGGCUGUCGACACGGUGGCCCAGGCCCAUGAGGCCCUCCGCACGUCGUUCACCACCGGUCGAGAUGGAAGCCCUACUCAGUGCAUCAGGGCAAAGGCGCUGUUGAAGCUCGAGCACAAAUUUGUUCGCGAUGAGAGCGACGCAAGACUUCUGUUCGAUGAGCUCAAGUCCCAUGAGUACGAUAUCGAGGCAGGGGAUUUGAUGCGUUUCAAUCUCCUGACGCUUUCGGAACAAGUUCACUUGCUUGUCAUCGGGUAUCAUCACAUCAAUAUGGACGGCAUCAGUCUGGAGGUCUUGCUUGGCGACAUUGAGAAGGUUUACUUCGGGCAUCCGCUAUCGCCGCCAAUUCAAUACUCCGAGUACUGCUGCAAGCAAAGCCAAGACCUUCAUUCAAACGCUUUCGCCGAUGAGAAGAGAUUCUGGGCAAAAGAGCUGACUAAUCCUGCACCGACUGUUCUCUCCCUGCUCCCAUUCGCCAAGACGACACAGCGGAAGCCGCUUGACAAGUACUCCCACAAUCAAGCCCAAGGCCAGGUCGACAUUGCUGUGACUAGGGCCAUCAAGGCCGCUUGCCGUCGUACGAAGACUAGCAUGUUCCACUUCCUACUGGCCACCUAUGCUGUUCUGCUGCAUCGUCUUCUGGAAGUUCAAGACUUCUGCAUCGGCAUUGCUGAUGCUGGUCGAGAGAUGGGCACAUUUGCUCAGAGCAUCGGCAUGUAUCUGAACUUGCUUCCUUUGCGAUUCGCUAUGAGCGGCGGCCAGCGAUUCAAGGAGGUGUUGGAGAGCUCCAGGCGCAAGGCGCAAGCAGCGGUGGCUCACGGGCGACUACCUUUCGACAUGAUUCUCCAGGAAGCAGGCGUCGAGCGCUCUGAUACCUACAACCCAUUGUUCCAAGCCUUCCUCAAUUACCGACCUGGUGUUAGUCAAAAUCGCACCUUCUGCGGAUGCCAAGGUCAAGGUGAGGACUGGGUCAGUGGGACAACAUCCUACGACAUCAUGCUGGACGUCAUUGAGAACCCAGACAGUGCUACCCUGCUUCGGUUCGACGUCCAAGGAUCGCUCUACACAAAGGAAGACGCCCAGACGUUGAUGGACACCUUCGUGACCCUCCUGGAAAGCUUUGCCAACAACACGGACGUUCUUAUUGACGAACCAUCCUUGUUCAACCAAGGGGAGGCUCAGAGAACACUAACACUUGGAAGGGGCCCUGAGCAUAUCUCCGUGUGGCCAGAGACUGUCCUCCAUCGCAUCGAUAGGAUUGCCCGUCAGCAGCCUAACUCGCUCGCUAUCACCAACGGUUUCGCGUCCUCACUCACUUAUUGUGGACUGAAGAGACGUGUGCAGGCCAUCGCCCAAGCUCUCCAUCAGAGUGUCGGAGGACGGCGCGAGGGACUCAUUGGCGUAUUCUGCGAGCCUUCCGUUGAUGCUGUCUGCGCGAUGCUCGGUGCCAUGUGGGCCGGAUUCGCAUACGUUCCUCUUGAUCCUACCCUGCCCGCCGAACGCCUUGCUGUUUUGGUCAAGACAUCCCAGCCGCUUCUCAUCCUGACCCACGACAAGACCAUCGAUCGUGUUGCAGAUCUGGGACCAACAGCUGAAUACAUCGCUCACCUCAACGUCUCUCAUCAGCAACCCGCCAGCUUGAGUUCCAUUCCCAUUUCUGCCAAGCCUCAAGAACCCAUGGCGGUGCAUUUCACAAGUGGGACCACGGGUACUCCCAAGGGCGUAGUCCUCUGCCAUGGUACGGUCGUCAAUGUCGUCGAGGCAUGCGCCGACAUCUAUCGGACAGCGUCCAACGUGGUUCUUCAACAGACAGCGCUCAACUUCGACAUGGCUCUCUGGCAGAUCCUGAUUACCCUCUGCUCAGGCGGCAAGCUUGUCAUUGUGCCACAAGAGAAGAGACUUGACAUGACGGCGAUAGCUCGCCUCAUCCGCCAGGAAGAAGUCACUCUCACUAUUGCCACGCCAUCUGAAUACUCCGCUUGGCUCAUGCAUGGAUCGGAGGAUCUUCAACAUAACAGGCACUGGCAGAUUGCCGUCAUUGGCGGGGAGCAAUAUUCAUCCUCGGUGGAUAGCGGAUUGAGAAACCUGCAGCUUCCUCGCUUACGACUGAUGAACUUCUACGGGCCUUCUGAAGUCAGCUUUGUCUCCCACUAUAUGGAGGUCUUCCCGGGGAUGGCUUCCAACGACGACCCAGUACCUGUUGGCUUCCCCCUCCACAACUAUGCCGCAUACAUCCUGGAUGCCGCACAACGCCCUGUUGCUCCAGGCAUGACUGGAGAAGUCUACAUCGCCGGCGCCGGUGUUUGCAAGGGUUAUCUAGACAAUACGGCCUUGACUGAGCAGAAGUUCGUUGACGAUCCUUUUGUUCGUUCCGAUCUCGCAAGGUCUCAGGGGUGGACUCGCAUGUACAAGACUGGCGACAAGGGGAAGAUCAACGAGGAUGGCACGCUGUCCAUCUUGGGGCGUAUCGAAGGCGACGCACAACUCAAAAUCAGAGGAGUCCGAAUGGAACUCGAAGAAAUUGAGAGAGCCAUCUUGAACAACUCGGACGGCCUGCUCGACCAGGUUGUCGUCUCUCCCCGUGGGGAGGGCGAGAGCAAGUAUCUCGUGGCCCAUGCACUGUUGAGUGCCCGAGGGCGUCACAACAUCAACAUCGACGAGCAGCUGAGGGACAUCUUGCAAAACAUCACAAACCUCCCCAGAGUCAUGCGACCAGCCACAAUCGUCCCUGUGACUAACUUGCCUCUGACGAUUCACCGCAAGGUAGAUCGAAGAGCUGCGGCAAGAUUACCUGUGAACACGCCGCAGCUUCAACAGGCUUCCCCCGUCAGCCAGCAUGAAAUACCGCUCACCAUUGAGCAGCAUGAGAUGUUGCGCCUAUGGAGUCGCGUUCUAGGGCGCUGUCCGGUCGAUCUUUCCGGUCCUGCUUCUGUCAUCGACUUCUUCAAUCUUGGUGGCACCUCUCUUCAGCUCGUCGGCGUGCAAGCCGCUAUUCAGGCCCAGUUUGAUGUUUCUGUCCCAGUGGUCGAACUGUUCAAGAAGAGCAGCCUGGAAGCAAUGACAGCUCUUGUCGCCACUGAAAUUGAAUCAGUCAGUGAUGACGAGAGUGACGUUGAUUGGGAAUCUGAGACGGCCCUACCCGACCUUUCGCCGGUCUCCGAGAAUAUUCUCUCACAACAUCCGACGGUAUCCGUUCGUCAGCCACCCCGCGUGGUCGCUCUCACUGGCGCGACAGGCUUCGUCGGACAAGCUAUUUUGCGUUCCCUCUUGGCCACACCCUCCAUUGACAAGAUCCACUGUCUCGCCGUGAGAGACACAACCCGCCUUGGCGAGAUGAGCAGCGAUCGCAAGGUAGUUGUCCACCAGGGCGACCUCCGAGACGCGUCUCUUUCACUCGAUGACAGCACGAAAGAAAUUCUGGCGCGGACCGUCGAUCUCAUCAUCCACAACGGCGCUGAUGUGUCCUUCUUGAAACCUUACGCAGCUCUUCGGGUACCCAACGUCUCCAGCACUAAGUUCCUAGCAACAGAAAUAGCGGCGCCUCGACGGAUUCCGAUUACAUACAUCUCCUCGGCCGUGGUGGGGCGCCUCGCUCCAGAGUUGGACGCCUUCGCACCGGUCCCAAUGUCCCACCGCCCUCCUCCCCCAGGAUACCGUGACGCUUACGGAGCUUCAAAGUGGGCAAGCGAAGCCGUUCUUGAGAACGCAAAUCGCGAUCUCGGUAUCCCGGUGACGGUCCGCCGUCUCUCAAGCGUGACCGGCGCCGGCAUCCCGGAUUCUGACAUCAUGAGCAACCUAGUUGCUUACUCUGAGAAGCUGGCAGCUGUGCCAGUGACCCAGAAGUGGAAGGGUGUCCUGGACUUCGUGUCGGUGGACCGCGUUGCUCAAGCUGUUGUUGCGGAUGCUAUGCGACGAAGUCGUGCGGACGAGGUCCGAUAUCGCCACGACUGCUCUGAUGAAGUAGUAUCGCUGGAUGCAGAUGGUAUCAGCGGUUUCAUCAGUCAAAGGCUACACGGCAAGCCUGUCAAGGUUUUGCCAAUGACGGAAUGGAUUGGCAAAGCCAAAAACGUUGGAAUGAGUGAUUUGGUGUGCACAUUUUUGGAGCAGGCUGAGAAGGAGUCAGGUAUUAUCACAUUUCAGAAAUUGCUGAAGUAG